GAGAAAACUUUGAGCUGGCAGAACGCUUUCUUUUUAUAUUAUAAUUAGGUAAUUAGGGAAAUAACUACUCUGUCAACGCGGACUAUUAUUUUUUAUUAUGGUGUGAAACCAGAGGAAUCUGCAGCAUUAUAACAUUGAUUGGCGGGUAAGGAAGUCAGUGAAAGAGAGAGCCUGAGGGGUGAAGGCAUGGCAGAGGGUGAUGGAUGGAAGGAGAAGUAUAUGGCCCUCGAGGCCCUGCUCUUCAAAUUCCGGGGACAGAUGAGUGUGAUCCGGGAGCUCACGGCAGAUAAGAUGCAGCAGUUGGAGACGCAGAUGUUGGAAGCAGAGCAUCGAGCAUAUGAAGCAAACCAGCAGGUACAAUGGAUGGAGGAACGUCUAAAGGAAUCAGAUAUUCAGUCAGGAGAUUCAGAGCUGAGGCUGUUCAGACGCUGUCAAAAUCUUCAAGUGGCACUGAAGGAGAAAGACAAGCUCAUUGCCACCCUAGAGCAACAGCUUGAGGAGCAGAAACAGAACAGAAUCAAAGAUGCCAAGACCGUGGAGGAAAAAGCAGCCAAGAUUAAAGAAUGGGUUAUGCAAAAGCUGAAUGAGUUUGAUUUAGAGAAUGCCUCUUUAAGAGAGAUCAACCAGCGAAAGGAGUCUGAGAUGCAAGAGCUGAAAAAACAACUGCAAGCCAUGGAGCAGACUGUGGGUUCUGGUGGCUUAGUCCAGUCCAGUGUGGGUGAGGCCCAGCGGCUCAGCAGUCUGACCUUUGGCUGUUUCCAAAUCAGAGGGAAGAGCCCUCAGGUACUGGCUGGCCUAGAACCAUCACAGAAGAGCAUCAGCACACUGCUGGAUCAAGACUGCAGAAGACCCUCUACUGAUUGCGGAAUGAAACAAGGACCAGAAAUUGCCCGUUACUCUACGUUGGUGUCUGAGGAAGAGGGUGAAAAUGACAUUUCGGGUGGCAAGCUGUCUCGCGGAAUCUCCCCUGUGCUCUCCAGUGCUCCCUCUGAAGGGGACAGGUGUCUGUUUGGAGGUUUGCAUUUUAGCCAACGCACCAGUGAGACGUAUCUUACCGCCUCUGACAACAGAAGCUCGCUGUACGUUGACGACAUGCAGCAUGUGGAGCGCUCCAAACUUUGCCUGCCUGGUCCCAAGAGCGCUACAAAGAAGGUGGACAAUGAUGAUGGCUACUCCGAUGAUCUGAAUAAACGCUUCCAGUCCCAGUGUCUGGAUUCCACAUCCUCCUUCAGUGACACAAACACUUCCAGUCCCAUCCUAUCUGCAGCUCUCACACCAAAGAGACCCACCCCUUCUCAGGACUCUCAGGACACCCCAGCUUCGCCCAAACAGCCGCGUCUACGCAAUCCCAGCUCGUUUAACGUUAGUUUGGCAUUGGUCAAGAAGCAUCUAAGCCAGCCUCCGCUGUACAGCGAAGCCACGCAUGGGAGAACACGGAAUGCCAUCAGCAUGCUGCGUCCUCCUUGUCCUCAGGAAAAAGACUUGAACCAGGAGCAGGAGAUGGAGACGGGUGAAUGUGAACAUUCUGAUUUGCCUUUAGAACCACCAGCUGAAGAACCUGAAACACCCUACGUCUCUGCAGCCGUGCCUGGGAGUAAACCCCCGACUCCUCCCCUGCAUAGGCUGCCCUCCUGGGAGAGCAGAAUCUAUGCUGUGGCAAAAUCUGGAAUUCGUCUUUCAGAAACAUCAUUCACAGAUGUAGCUAAUAAAGACUCCUCCCACCCAUCAUCAUGCUCCGCCUACAUGCUCUACACAUCCCUCAUCUACAGGAACAACAGCACGCCUGUCUUUGCCACACUCAAAGGGAGGGCGAUGAUGUUAAGCAAUAGUCAGUUCUCUGAGCAGUCAUAUAGUUCGGAGGAGGAGGACAGUUCAGAGGAGUGUCAGUCUGGAGAGGAGGACAGCUCUGUGUGCAGCUCUAUUACAUCUGCAUCAGACUCACACAAGAGCAGCAGUCAUGGAAGCCCCCGCUCCCUCAAGAGAGCCGUGUCAUUGUCUUCUAUGACAUCUGAGAGUGACUACGCCAUCCCACCUGAUGCAUACUCCACUGACACUGAGUGCUCUGAACCGGAGAACAAACUACCUAAGACAUGCUUCUCCAGCACUGACAACGGCAAGAGUGAAUCAAUGGCGAAGUCGGGGUACCUGCUGAAGAGGGUCAAGACUUGGAAGAAAACCUGGAAGAGGCGCUGGUUCGUUUUGAAGGACGGGGACCUUUUGUACUUCAAGUCACCUAGUGAUGUCAUCUGUAAACCCCAAGGUCAGAUUGAGCUCAAUGCUUGUAGCACCAUAGCUCGUGGUGAUGGGAAACAAAUACUUCAGGUGGUGACAGGUAAGAGUGUAUAUAAUCUUAAGGCAGAUUCUCCAAACCUCCUGGAGGAGUGGCUGAGGGUUCUGCAAAGCGUACUGAAAAUCAAAGGUAGUCCGCUCUUCACAAACCCUGACAUUAGGCCCGUCAUGAAAGGACACAUGACAAAGGUGAACAAUGGCUAUUCCAAACAUGUGUGGUGUGUGCUGUUUGGGAAGAUGAUAUACUACUUCAGAAGUCAAGAGGACAAGUUUCCUCUGGGUCAGAUCAAAUUAUGGGAAGCUCGUGUGGAGGAAGUUGAUAAGUCAUGUGACUCAGCUGAAGUCUCUGCUCAGUACACUCUCUCCAUUCAGCCAGUGAGUCAGGGCCCAACAUACCUGCUCAUUGACUCACCUCAUGAGAAGAUGGCAUGGCUGUAUCAUCUGUGUGUUGCAGCGGGCACAGCAGUGGGGCAGGUUGGCACUGAGUUUGAGCAGCUGGUUGGUACACUACUCAAUGUGGAGGGAGAUCCAGAGUCUCAGAUCUGGAGACACCCAACACUGUGUUUCACUAAGGAAGGACUGUCCUCUCCACUCAGCACCCUACCCUCACAGGCUCUACAGACUGAAGCCAUAAAGCUCUUUAAGACAUGUCAGCUCUUCAUUAAUGUGGCCAUUGACACGCCAGCCAUAGAUUAUCAUGUGACUCUGGCUCAGUGUGCCUUACAAGUGUGUCUCACCCACCCAGAGCUGCAGAAUGAAAUCUACUGCCAGCUUAUAAAACAGACACGCAAGAGACAACCACAUGGACAGCCUGGGCCCCUACAGGGAUGGCAGUUGCUGGCUCUAUGUGUCGGUCUCUUUCUGCCCACACAUCACAUUCUUUGGCUUCUGCAGGUGCAUCUUAAAAGGCACGCAGAUUCAAGGACGGAAGUGGGAAAGUAUGCCAUCUAUUGCCAGCGCUCACUGGAGCGGACCCAGCUGAAAGGAGAUCGGAAAGCUCGUUCAUCACGGAUGGAGAUUCUAUCCAUCUUACUUAGAAACCCUUACCAUCACUCCUUGCCUUUCAGUGUGCCUGUGCACUUUCUUAACAGCACCUACCAGGUUGUUGGUUUUGAUGCUUCAACCACAGUAGAGGAGUUUCAGAGCCGACUGAACCAGGACACAGGCAUGAGGAAAACUGGUCAAAUUGGUUUCUGUCUUUAUUCUGACGACCCCACUGGUAGAGACAUUGAACACUGUCUGCAAGGAAACCUGAAGAUUUGUGACAUUAUUGCGAAAUGGGAGCAGGCCUCGAAGGAGCAGCACACAGGCAAAUCAGAGAAUGCUAGGACGGUCAAACUCACAUAUAAGAACAGGUUAUACUUCUCCCAGCAGACGAGAGGAGAGACUGAGAGAGAGCGUUUGCUUUUUGCAUAUCAGACAAAUGAGGAAAUCACAGCAGGUCACUUCCCUGUCAACAAAGAGCUCGCCCUAGAGAUGGCCGCCCUGCUAGCUCAGGUCGAGUUUGGGGAUUUUGAGCGUCCAUUCUCUAGUUCAGGUGCACAGACUAAAUCUAAUCAGACCCUGAAACAAGUUCUAGAGCGCUUCUACCCCAAGCAUUAUAGACACACCUGCACAGAGGAUCACUUGAGGCAGUUACUGCAGAGGCUUUCCACCCGUUGGGCAUCUCUGAGGGGUCGGAGUUCAUCAGAGUGUAUACGAAUCUACCUGACUGUUGCACGGAAGUGGUCCUUUUUUGGAGCCAAACUAUUUGAGGCUGAGCACGUAACCUCAUCUCCACAGCAGAACAUGAGUGUGUGGAUGGCAGUGCAUGAAGAUGGUAUCAGCAUACUGGAAUUCAAUUCCGUAAAAGUACUAGCAUCUCACGCUCAUAAAAAUAUUGUGACAUUUGGGGCGUGUGGUCAGCACUUCAUGCUGGCAGUAGCUCUGGCUUCUAGCACCAACACGACCAAAGAUAAGGUCACUGAGAAGCAUCUGUUUGCUAUGGCCCCCUCUAAGGUUCGUGACCUGGCAUUGCUUGUAGCCAGUUACAUUAACAGCACCCAACAGCAAAAAGCAGCAACCCACCACCUGUCUGCCCCAGCCCUGCUGCUGGCACGGUCAGGAGAGCUGAAGAGCAAGGAAUCAAGGAGCAAGUCUCCACCAGCAGCUUGCAGACCCAGUAAAGCACCCACUCUCCUGUAAUACAUCCAUUAUUGGACUGUUUUUAUGUUAGUGGCUGGACUACAGAUUUUGAAGGAUUGUGCUGUGACUUCCUGUUGGGGCCAAGGGUGACAUGGACAGUGGUUGUUAACACAAAUGGGAGAAUCUUAUGAAAAACAUGCCCAGGACACGUUUCACCCCAAAAUUGUAAUUCUAUUUUUGCUUAACAUCCUGAAACCCAGCCAUGACUGCUGUUCCAUUUCCCUUCUAUAGCAAAUAGUUUUUCUAAAAAUGCAUGUCAUCAUAUGUGGACAAAGUGUGAAAUUUAAAUAAUACCAAUCUAUAGUCAUAUUAUUUUUAUUAAAUUGUUUAUUAUGUUUUCAGAAGUGUUGGUUAUUCAAGCACACUGAAGGUUAAGCCAUUCUGUAAAUAGGGAGCAUUCUAUAGCUCUCUGUGCAGCUUUCACGCCUAAAAUCUAACCAAAAGUUCAGUUUCAGAAUUUUAGGAGUGAAUGCACUUAUCUGCAUAGAGAGCAAUAGGAUGCUCCCAUGCACCAUUCUCAGUGAAUGACUUAACCUCCACUGUGCUCUCUGUCUGCAAUGGUUUCAGGACAUUUCAAAAUGCACCUUAUUUUCACCCUAACUCCAUAUAAAUAUUGUUUUCUUCAAACAAAAUAGUUUCUUAUUUCUUUUUAAUGGUUUCAGGAUGAUGUUCACCUACAGUAAAUACACUUUGUCGUGUCAAUAUGGUACGGUAAUACUUCUAUACAAAGUUUAAUGUUAUAAGUCUAUAUAAAAUUUAAAGCAAUCUCAUUUCAUGAAAAACACUAACCAACGACAUUUCUUUCAUCACCAGUGCACUCAAUGUAAAAAAAAAUUAAAAGAUGUUUCCAGUAAAUGAAAGUGAAUUGUGAAAGAAUGAGCAAUGUCAUAGCUAUUUAACAUCCUAAACAGAAUACUUAAAUGUUAGAAUGUUUAAGCAUGUACAAACAGGAAGUGCAAUGUAAAGACAGAAUGUGUCUCAGCCUUCGAAGAAAGUAGAGACGCUGCUGGGCUUUCUUGGUGAUAGAGCUGGUGUUGAGGGACCAGGUGAGGUUCUCCGCCUGGUGAACACCAAGGAAUUUGGCUCUUGACGAUCUCCACAGAGGAGCCGUCGAUGUUCAGCGGAGUGUGUUCACCUUGUGCUCUCCUAAAGUCAACAACCAUCUCUUUUGUUUUGUCGACAUUCAGAGACAGGUUGUUGGCUCUACACCAGUCCGUCAGCCGCUGCACCUCCUCUCUGUAUGUUGACUCGUCGUUCUUGCUGAUGAGACGGUCACCACGGUCGUGUCAUCGGAGAACCCGCACAUGAUAAGAUGUGCGGGUUGAUGGUCUCAGAUGCGGAGGUAGCUGGGAUUCAUCCUCUGACUCCUAGAUUGAGGUGUCACUACGUGAAUCGGGCAUUCCAAAUUGGGUGAAAAAGACUUUUCCAUAUUUAACCUAUUUAAACAGCAAAAAAAAAAGAAAUGUCCUCACUUUCAACUGCUUCUAUAUUCAGCAAAUUUAACGUGUAAAUAUUUGUAUGAACAUAAAAAGAUUCAACAACUAAGACAUAAACUGAACAAGUUUCACAGACAUGUGACUAACAGAAAUUGAAUGUGUUUGUGGGAGACGUUUGCCUUUUUUGUAUUGGUCAAUGCACAAGUAUAGUAACAUUGUUGGCUGAAAACUUGGAAUAAAACAGGUCUUACUAGUGUUAAUUUCAAACAGCUCUAGUCACUGGUCUCUCAUGGGUUUAAUUACUAGACCAAAUGAAUACUAGGCACAAGACGAGUUUAAUGAACACUCCCUUUGUCUUUAAAAAAAAAAAAAAAAAAAAAAGUGCUUGUACAAAAGGUUUAGAUGGUCAAUAAUUUAAAAGGACUUUGGCUACACUUAAAAUUGUAUUUCUCUAACCUGCAAAUGCAAUUGCCAAAAAUAAAACAAUCCAAAACUAGCCUAUAGAAUGAGUUCAGAGGGGGUGGCUUACUCAAUCUCAUUAAGGCAGAGAACAGGGGGCUGUUCCAUAAACCAAGAUUAGAGUAUAAGCCAGGCUUAUUUCGGUUAGUCAGGCUUAUUUUUGGUAGAUUCGGUUUCAUAAAUCAAACUUAAAAAAGUUCAAACUCAGUUACCCCGGCAACUUAUGCUGGCAAAUUAACCUGGUCCGGGGCAGGCUAACUGUCAGGCUAAGUCUGAGUUCAGGCUUAACGCGCAUACCAUUUAUACUCACCUGCUGGUAUUUUGAUGUCAUUUUAUUUUACUUAACCACUAUUAAUAAAAUUUGUUUUUAAAUAAAUAAAUAA